AUGAGCGUCGCCCGACCGGCGCGCAGCCUCCUGCGCAAGUGCGUCGCCUCUGCCCGCACCGCGCAGACCGUCCAGUCGCAAUCGCAAUUCCACACCUCGGCGCCCCGCCCGGCGAAGCGGCGGUCGCGCUUCCGCAAUGUCAAGGCCGAGGACCUGGGCCUGCUGAGCAAGGACGGGCUCGAGAAAUACCGCCAGGAAAAGUUCCCCGACUACACCAAGGAGGAGCUCGACGCCCUCAGCAAGAAGUACACGCCCGAGCAGCUGGAGGCCCUGAAGGCGGGCGAGGCGGCCAUCGACCCCGAGGACCUCAUCUUCCAGGGACGGCUGCGAGACGACCCCUACAGGCCGCAGUACAUGGAGGACUACACCGUGCUGGACCCGCGGUACGACGUGAAGCCGGAGAUUGAGGGCACGCCUUGGGAGCCGCAGUGGCUGAACCCCAGCGACUGGGCGGACAAGUACGGGUCCAAGCUGGCGGACCUGACGGACAAGAAGACGAGCGACCAGCUGACGAGGGCCAUGGUGCGCGCCCUGCGGCGGGUCAAGGAGAGCAACGGCGAGGAGCUGAUAGACCUGACGGAGGAGGAGCUGGUGGAUUUGGAAAAGGACCCCGAGCUGCUCAAGAAGUACCUGGACGACGACGGCCGCUACCAGGAGAUCAAGCGGCUGACGGGCAUGUCGCUGCGGGACAUCCAGUCCAUCUACCGCAAGGUGCUCGUCACGCGCUGGGUCACCAACCAGACCCGUCUGGGCAAGGUGCGCAGCACGUCCAUCGUCGCCAUCGCGGGCAACGGCAACGGCCGGCUGGGCCUGGGCAUCGCAAAGUCCACCGAGGCCGGUCUCGCGGCCGAGACGGCGCAGCUGCUGGCUAUCCGCAACAUGAAGCCCAUUCGGCGGUACGAGAACCGGACGAUUUACGGCAACGCAAAGGCCAAGGUUUCGGGCACCAUUGUAGAGCUGUUUGCCCGUCCUCCAGGCUUCGGUCUCCGCUGCCCGCACCGCAUCUUUGAAAUGUGCCGCGCGUCGGGCAUCCACGACAUUGCGGCGCGCAUGCCCCGGUCCAAGAACCCCAUGAACUCGGUCAAGGCGGCGUAUGACGCCUUGAUGAACCAGGUCGAUCCCGAGGAGAUUGCCAUCGGACGGGGGAAGAAGAUGGUGGAUGUGCGGAAGGUGUACUAUGGAGGCAAUGUAUAUUAAA